GACGGUUCAGUUGUCGCAUCAAAAUGGACGUGACUGGUCCCAUCGAGCACUCAAUAGCAUCACAAAAAGUGAAGCACAGAUUUUUCCAGUGGACGACCAAGUGGUGUUACGGGAAUGUCGACCAGAUCACGGAGAAGCCCGACGUGUCCAACGUGGUGUGCCUCCUGCAGGCGUUGGGAUGUCAGUUGAGGGAGUACGAGAAGAGGGAUGAUCAGGGGGAUGAACUGAAGAGUAACUCGAUGAGAAUUGUGCUGGAGUGCGGGAGCUCGAGGAUGAGGGCUGUUUUGGAACUGGAUGAUGUCAAUUGUCAGUGCUUGAGGCCGGAGGACGCCAGGGAUGCGUCCCUUUGGAGCGUUUGUGGUACAGCUCCCACCGCAAGUUGUGACAGCAUCAAUAAAUUCGAAGAAACUGGGAGCAAUCUUCUGCCCUCAGUCUCCAAGGAUGAUCGCGCGAUGAUUCGCGACGUGCUCUAUCGUCUCCUCAACACGAUAAACUCCAAGGGAGAUAAUCCGAACAGAGACUCAACCCUCAACCUGAGUAUUUCUAAAAAUCUCGAGCGUUCACCAUCACCAAUGGAUAAAUCCGAGUCCUUCACGCGUGCUCUGACACAACCCGAGAUUUAUCGAGUGAGGGAGGGAAAUAGGGGCAUGAGCACUUUGACUCAGAUUGCUCCCAGUGACAGACGAUUAUCGAUGAGUGUCCAGAACAUCGUAAAUCUCCCUCUGAUCACGAGAGCUCCGUCCACCCCAACGACUCCUCUGUUCGAACGUCAGAAGACCUGGGACCUGGACACGAAGGGCGACGCAGAGCCUCGCCCCUCUCCACCCAAGAUAUCGAGCUCACCUGUCGUUCUGAGCGACCUGUGCAGCUCCCUGGGACAGGUGUCCCUCCAGAGUGAAGACGAGAAUCUGAGUCUCGCCGAGUGCCUCAGGAGGAUUAAAUUUUAUGCUGACAAAGCACAGAAUUUCUACGGGAGAAUUUCUCCAGGGCCUGAUCAAGAUAAAGUAUUCUUGAAGCCGUCAAUAGUGAAGCCCAAAGCGAGCCCAGGACGCGUAUAUUCCAGGCCCAGUUCAGUCUGUUCAAGUCCAGCGAGUCUCUCAACUAAAUCGACGACUUCAAAACCACUUGCACGUCGAAGUAUUGGGGCUCCUCUUACCGCCAAGCAGAUGGCUGUUCCUAAAACUACACCCACUAUGCUUCCCCCCCGCAGAAAGAGCAUUGGAAGUGCAUUGCAGCCGGGUAUGAAAUUGCCAGUAGCCAAUGCCCAAAAAAAUGUCAGUACCCAGAAGAGGGCUGUGAAUAAACCCACCCCAACGAGCUCAAGCUCCUCAUUAUCGAGCACUGACUCUCGAGUACUUCUCUCAGCAAAACGGAGGAUCUCACCAGAUCCCAAGGGUCAGAGUCCACUGGCCACAAAACCAGGGCUGCCGCACCUUAAGAUAUUGACGCCAAAACCCCCCGGUGGAAUCCACAAGACCCUCAGCGCAAUUCCUGUGGGAGGAUUAGGGCAGAAAGUUGGUACACCUGGUGCAUCUCCCAGGAGUGUCUCUCCGAAUGCUCUGGGCAGAAAAGGUGCAAUCGGAGCCUCCAAAUUCGCUCCCGUGAAGAAGGACAAAUGAGAUUUGGAGGAGUUCAAUGAGAAACACAUUCGUAAAAAAUCAUAAUUCGUUGGAAAAUAUUUUCAAAGGCUUUUUAUACGUUCCAAGAUAAUUCAUUUCGCCUUUUCCCUCGAUGAUAAGGGACAUCAAGGGUAGGUGAAGAUUAGUUCCACGAUUACUGGAUUUUUUUAGUGAUUUUUUUCUCAUUAUAAAUUGAAGGUUUAAUAGGGUCAUUGAAAUUUUCAUUCCUGAUUGAAUCGGGGGAAUUUCUUGAUAGACGAGAUAUUUAUGGGAAUAAGAUUGAAUUUAAAUGAUGGAAUAUUGCAUGUUAAGUGGUCGAAUAGCAAGGGUCAAUUUUUUAUGUUGUGUGAAGUAUGAAAUUUCGGCGAAAAUAAAAGUUUUUUUUAGUUCAA